UCUAGAAUUAUGCAUUUAUAGCUCUCUCACUGCCAAUAAUUUGCAACUCUAGGACUAUAAAUGUUGCUAAGAUUGCAUCUUUUUGUAUUUUCAUUUUCUGGGUCGUGUCAAUUCUCUGCCAAAGCGAAGCUUAAAAUUCUACUCUUUCACACCUUUCAAUCCCAUAAACAACACAACGGAAAAAUCAAAGAAUCUGGGGUUUAACCAACACCAUUUUUUCAAGUGGGGGUGUGGUGAUGGAUGAGGUUGAAAAGGCAAAUACUGCAGCUGUAGAGAGCUGCCAUAGAGUGAUUAGCAUCUUAAACCAUGCUCAAGAUCAAAAUUUGAGUAGAAAUUUAGUGCAACAAACAGGGGAGGCUGUGCAGCGUUUCAAGAAAGUAGUCUCUCUCCUCAACUCAAGCUGCGGUCAUGCUAGAGUCAGAAAGAGCAACAAAUUCCAGCCUCAUUUCCCUCCAACCAUAUUCCUUGAAACCCCCAUUUCCCAAAAUGAUGAUCAGCAGCACCCUAAACCCCUUCAUAUGCUUCAGAUCAAUCCCAAUUCACGCCAAGAAUCUGUAUCCGUAGCCAAAAAUUCUCUCACAUUGGGAAACCCUUCUAUGGAAUUGAGCUCCCAUGGCAAGAAUCUCCGCCUCUCGCAGCAAACACCGCUGCCCAAUUACCAUUUAUUGCAGCAGCAGCAGAGGUUUCAGCAGUUGAAGCAGCAGCAGCAGGCUGAGCUUAUGUAUAGGCGUAGCAAUAGCGGUAUUAGCCUUAACUUCGAUAGCUCCUCGUGCACCCCUACAAUGUCCUCAACUAGGUCUUUCAUCUCCUCGGUGAGUAUGGAUGGUAGCGUGGCAAACAUGGAUGGACGUGCCUUCCGUUUGAUUGGUGCAGCGCGGUCUGCUGAUCAGGCGUCGUUUCAUCAGAAGAGGAGGUGUUCUGGGAGGGGAGAGGAUGGAAGUGUUAAAUGUGGAGGCAGUGGCAGAUGUCAUUGCUCUAAGAAGAGGAAGCAUAGAGUGAAAAGGUCUAUCAAAGUGCCUGCUAUAAGCAACAAAAUUGCUGAUAUUCCCCCUGAUGAGUACUCGUGGAGGAAGUAUGGCCAGAAACCAAUCAAAGGCUCUCCUCACCCCCGGGGAUACUACAAAUGCAGUAGCAUGAGAGGGUGCCCGGCUAGGAAACAUGUGGAGCGAUGCUUGGAAGAUCCUGCGAUGCUCAUAGUCACUUAUGAAGGCGAACACAAUCACCCAAUGCCUUCACAGUCGGCCAACGCAUGAUUUGCAGGGGAUAUUGCUGUUGUUCAAAAAUCAUCUUCUAAAUUAGACUUGAUUGGUUCUGUACAUAAGCUGCUUGAGCUGAGGCAGGGGCAAGCUGGGCGUCGUCGUUUUCUUCAAGGCUUCUAGUUCUAGACGUUGGUAAGACAUGAACUCGAUCAAGAUUUGGUUGUAAGAAAAAAGUUAUUCCAAUCAAUCUUUAACUGACUGUUUUCAUGUUUUGUUUUUUGAGAAGUUGGUGGAUUUCUAUGGUACUGAUUUUUUAGCUUUA